CUUAGGAAUAAGAAUCAAAGGGUAUUAUCGGCAGUAGAACUAAAGUUAAAGGGUAAAUUUGGAAACACCGAAUAAAAAGGAUCAAAAUUUUCCUUCUAUGGCACUGGCAGGCCUCUAUUUGAAGACACUCCAAAAGCACUUUCCAUUUUACGAAGAAGAAGAAGAAGAAGAAGCUCUCUGUGAAAAAGCUUGCACUCAAAUGAAGUUCGACAAUGGCGCUAAUUGCUGCUAGAACCAAAAUCUCAAGGACUCUCUCUACUUUCUCUCUUAAUUCCUUGCUUUCUCGACCUCCAUUUCCCUCUAAUGGCGUCCAGGCGGUUGCUCGGCUCCACCCGUUCGGAGGAUUGGGGUCUUCAUUUUCUUCCUCUGCUGUUGCUUCCAUGGAACCAGAAACCCUAGGUUCUAGAGGUAUCGGGUUUGAAAUCUUGGGCGUUAAGGAUUAUGAGGAUUACCGGAGGUCUCUCUAUGGCGAUAUCACUCACAAGGCUUUGCUCGUUGAUGCGGUUGGGACUCUUGUUGUUCCUUCUCAGCCUAUGGCUCAGAUAUAUAGGGAAAUAGGUGAAAAGUAUGGGGUGAACUACUCGGAAGGGGAGAUUCUCAAUAGAUAUAGAAGAGCGUAUGAGAAGCCUUGGGGUAGAUCUCGCCUCAGAUAUGUGAAUGACGGGAAACCCUUUUGGCAAUAUAUCGUCAGUUCUUCCACAGGCUGUUCUGAUUCUCAGUAUUUUGAAGAACUCUACAACUACUAUACGACUAACAAGGCGUGGCACCUUUGUGAUCCUGAUGCUGAGAGAGUCUUUAAAGCCCUAAGACAAGCAGGUGUAAAGAUAGCUAUUGUGUCAAACUUCGACACUCGAUUACGACCUCUUUUGCGGGCUUUGAAUUGUGAUCACUGGUUUGACGCUGUAGCAGUGUCAGCAGAAGUUGAAGCUGAGAAGCCUAACCCAACAAUAUUCCUAAAAGCCUGUGAAUUAUUGGGAGUGAGACCUGAGGAUGCCUUACAUGUUGGGGAUGAUCGUAGGAAUGAUUUAUGGGGCGCUAGAGAUGCAGGUUGUGAUGCAUGGCUUUGGGGAAGUGAUGUACACUCCUUCAAAGAGGUUGCGGAAAGGAUUGGAGUGAAAGUGUGAAAGGGGGUUACGAGUUUUAGUAAAAGCAUUAAAGUUGAAUUUCCAUGGAAGCUCUCUGGAUGUACAGGGUUUGUACCAGUGAGAACAGCCUGAGUGUACAUAUAUAAUAUAUUAUAUAUAUCGUGUGCUGUGUUUGUAGUUUGGUUUGACUGUUUUUGCUACCAAGCACACCAAAUAAAAACAACUCUUUUCUCUU